AUGGUAAGAGAGAGCCCGUGGUAUAUAUACGAAUUUAAGGCGUAUACAAAGGAAAGAUGGGUCGGGUGCAAAUUAGUAGACGUAUUGGCGGCUGAGUUUAAAAGAAGGACCCGUCUUUAUUUUGUGCUUGCUGUUGCUUCUGGAUCCAUACAGAUUAAUGGGAAUUCUGUAACUGAUGAGUAUGUACUAAAGCAUGGGGAUUUAAUUACACACAAGACGCACAGACAUGAGCCACCCAUACCAACAGAUGAAAUAGAUAUAUUAUACGAAGACAGCGAUGUACUGGUGGUGGAUAAGCCGUCUGGUAUUCCCUGCCACCCAAACAGCUCGUACAACAAGCAUACUCUGACAGAAAUUCUAAAGAAGAAAUGCGGGCUAUCCUUUGUGUCUGCACAGAAUAGAUUGGAUAAGCAGACUUCUGGUGUGGUGAUACUUGCAAAGAGUUCAAAAGCCGCAGUGAAGUACCACAAGAAGAUAGAAGAGAAAGAAGGGUUUAAAAUAUAUCUCUGUAAAGUAUCAGGAGAAUUCCCAGAGUGUGAAGUUAUUGUGAACCUUCCCCUUUCUAUUUCUAGAAAAACGUGUACUACAACGGUUUUCCAGGAAGAUGGCGUUUUUCAAGGGAAACCCAGCAUCACAAUCUUUAGAAGAGUGUCUGUAGAAAAUGGAGAAAGUAUAUUGGCGUGUGGACUGGUUACUGGCCGUACUCAUCAGAUUAGAGUGCAUUUACAGGCAAUUGGAUACCCGAUAAUUGAUGAUAUGAUAUACAGCACUCCAUACAUAAGAAAGGAGGCACUCAUUAACCGAAUUAACAAAAUAAAAGAAAAUACUAGUGAGAGUAAAAGCACAGCUGAAGAAAUCAACACAGAAAAUAAUAAUAAUCCUACAGUAGAAAAUAAACCACACAUAGAGUGUGAAAUUACGGGCAGUGCGUACUUGGAAAUGGCAGAAGCAGAAGGCGAGCCUUUAACACGUGAAUCCGUUGAAAAGUUCUUAACAACUGAAGACUGCCGCACAGACAACUUUCAAGAUGAUGAGACAUAUUUAGAAACCGUAUCCACUGAGAAUACAUCACAAUUUAUAAUGGAGUCCUGCAUGCACUGCAGAAACCCGGAAAGUCUCAGCACUCUACCCAAGUUUUCCACUCUUUCAUUGCACGCAUGGAAGUACUCUUUAGAAGAGAAUGUAUUCACAACUGCCCUCCCAGAAUGGUGUACAGAAGAAAUCAAUGACUCUCUGUGCAAGGAAAUAGAGCAGACUAAAAAUAGACUUGUCUCCAAAUAAACACUUAAAUAUGCCU